AUGAUUAAUAUCCGGCCGCGGAAGGUCGGCGCGAUGACGUCACUUCUGCGCGCCGCCACUUCCGGCGCCGUACGUGGGACGUUCGCUGUACGAAUCGACGCGCGCCACGCCAACGCAGAUUAUUUGAUCGAAUCGGUCGGCCGAGCUGUCCUUUCAUUGGCCGAUCUGAAGCCCUCCGAUUCCAGGCAGAAACAGAUUAACGAAAAGUCAGACCAC